UCAGGUUACGGUGACUGUGCCAGGUGUUUCUACUGCGGGGGUGGUCUGAGGAACUGGGAGGACGAGGACGAUGUCCUGGUGGAGCACGCCAGAUGGUUUCCGAAAUGCGCCUACAUACGUCAGAAAAUGGGGCAAAAUUUCGUAGAAGCUGUGCAGGAGCUGAACAAGCAAUACACUCAGGUUGGUGCGCAUGGACCUGGUCGUGGGACACACGUGUUCCGAUUCAGUCAGUUUUUGUUGUUUUUUUUCUCUCAAUGAAAGAAAAGAAUUCAGUCUGCCAGAUAGUUCGUUCAUUAAAUAUUGGAAUAAGUACACAAUUUUUUCAACAUCAAACUAUGGCUGAAAAAAUGUGUACGUCAAUAUAAAAUGCUGUGAGAAAUUCGAAAUAAAUAAAAAGGACAGAAAAAGUUGAAAAAAGCUUUUUCAGUUGUUGUUGUUUUUUUUUUUUUUUUGUUUACGUUAAUUGUAAGGAAAAAGCUUUGAAACGAUUUUAAAUUAUAAGGUAAGUAUUUUUAAAAGAAAUGUUAAUUUCUAAAUGAUAAGUAUUAUAAUUUUUUUUUUAAACAUCAACAAUCAAUUUAGAAACAAAAACAAAAGUAGCAACAACAACAUAGAAUAAUAAUAGUAGCAAUUUUUUUUAAAAAUCUAUAAAUUUAUGUGUAAAUUAAUAUUUUAAAGCACAUGUCAAAUGUACCUAACAUAGUGUGAAACUAUAGUUCUUUUAUAUUCAUUGAGCCCAAGUCAUAUUACACUUCAUAAUUAAAUAUAUAUUAUUGAGUUUACAUUUCACAAUUUUUUUUUUAAACACGUGCCUCUUGUGUUAGCCUUUACGCAGUUGUACCGUACCAUCACACAUUUUUAAGAGCAUUUUUAAACAUUUGACUAAAUAAUUACCAAGCCUAUUUUGAUAUAUUAUUUCUGGAUAGAAUACAAAUUUAUUGCUCAACGAAAUUAUUUGCAGAUCACGUACAACAUGGUCAUAGAGAAAAUGGGAGCCUCCUCUAGCGCU